AUGGCGCAAGUGUAUGCUCAACACGCUCAACAGGCAAAGGGACAGAAUAGCGAAGAUGGCACUCCACAACACCUUGCUCAAAAUGGAAAACGAACAAUUGUCGACGAAGAGAAGGCUCGGGAUGAUGAUAGUGAUGUGAGCGACGAAGAACCGGGCGAUGAUUUACCUUUAUCUUCUAUUCACGCCCAAAUGGGACUCUUCUGUCAUUCGAAUCCCAACAUUGCGCCAGCAUCACUGUGGAAUCGACAAGAUAUUGUGGAAUUUAAAGCAGCAAUCAAAAAAGAUGGACCGGAAGGAAUAAUCAAAGUUGGACAUGGAGAAACCGUAACUGUUCGAGUUCCAACUCAUGAAGAAGGCACAUGUCUUUUCUGGGAGUUUGCCACUGAUCACUAUGAUAUCGGUUUCGGCGUGCUUUUUGAGUGGAGUAUUUCGGACACCAAUCAGGUUUCCGUUCAUGUAUCAGAGUCAUCCGAUGAAGAACCCGACGAAGAAGGAGAAAAUGCUGCGGCUGGUGGUGGCGGUGAAGGAGUCCCAAACCCGGCAGGAGGAUCCCCGGGUGAUGUUGAAUCGGGUAGUCCUCGCCAAAUUCGUCACCGUGAUCCAAACAAACCACGUCAAGAUGAGAUCAUUCCGGUCUAUCGUCGCGAUUGUCAUGAAGAGGUUUAUGCUGGCUCCCAUCAAUAUCCUGGUCGUGGUGUUUAUCUUCUCAAAUUCGACAAUUCCUAUUCAUUGUGGCGCAGCAAGAAUUUGUAUUAUCGUGUCUAUUAUAGCAAG